AUGGCCGGCUUUGCGACAUAUCUACUUGGGGCUCUCAGCGCGAUCGUAAUCGCCCGCUUGGUCCUCUCCCUCGUUAAACGCCCCUCACUGCCUCUACCACCAGGACCCAAGCCCUUACCUCUGAUCGGGAAUAUUCACCAGCUACCAAAGAGCCUCCAGUGGCUGGAGUUUCACCACUGGAGCAAGAAGUAUGGCCCGGUCAUGCACCUCAGCAUGGGCGGACAGCCACUCAUCGUCCUCUCUAACUACCAGGCCGCACACGAUCUCCUCAACCGCCGCAGCUUGCGAUACUCGGAUCGCCCACGUCUGGUCAUGGCUGGUGAGCUGGUCACUAAGGGUAUGCACAUCCUCCUGCGACCAUAUAAUGACCAGUACAAACUACACCAGAAGAUGGAAGCCCCACUCCUACACUUGCGUGCUGCGACCAACUACCGCCCACUACAGGACCUCGAGUCACAGCAACUGCUAUGGGAUGUGCUAGGCGAGUGGGACAAGCUCGGCGAGAAGGGCGUAGACUUCCACCACCACUUCGAGCGCGCAAUGGCCAGUACUAUCUACUGCCUGAGCUACGGCUACCGGCUGCAAACGGGAUACGAGCAGGAACUGAUGGACGGAAAGCGCGCAAUGGCGGAGUUUUCGCGCACCGGGGAGGUGGGCGCAUAUAUUGUCGACUCGUUCCCGUCGCUGAAUUACCUUCCCAAAUUUCUGGCGCCGUGGAAGAAGGAGGGCGAGGAGCUAUUUGAGCUGGAGCGACAGCUGCAUAUUGGGAACUUGAAGAAGGGACUGAGUAACCGCAAGUGGAACUUUUCGAAGCAUAUGAAGGAGUCGCCAGAGGCUGUGGGAAUGCCUGAAAUUGAGCUCGCGUUUGAUCUGGGGAUUCUUGCUGAUGCUGGUUUGGAUACUUCGACUGUUGCGCUGGACUGGUUUAUCGUUGCUUGGAUUACAUGGGGCUCGAGUGGCUGGGUGAAAAAGGCGCAGCAGCUGCUGGACGAAGUCGUUGGAAAGGACCGCCUACCUAGCUUUGAAGACCGCCCCAAGCUGGCCUAUAUCGAUGCUAUUGUGAGCGAGACCCUCCGCUGGCGCCCCGUCUCCCCCCAGGGCGUGCCACACUUCACCAAAACCGAGGACGAGUACAUGGGCUACCACAUCCCCGCCAACUCGAUUGUUCUCCCUAGCGGAUUUAGUAUCGCCCGUGAUGAGGCUGUGUUCGGCGAGGACGUCGACAACUUUAUCCCGGAGCGAUGGCUCGCUGAGGAGUCUGACAAGGAGCAAAUCGACGCCUGCGGCUUUAAUACCUCUGCCCUCAAGGACUUACCGCAUACGGGCUUCGGGUUCGGACGCAGAAUCUGUACUGGCCGGUUCAUCGCGCGCAAUCAGCUGUUCAUUCAGAUGGCGCGCAUGCUGUGGUCGUUUGAUGUCGAGGCUGGCGUUUUGGAUGAGGCCACGGGCGCGAGACACAAGGUCGAUGAUAUGGACUGCACGGAGGGCUUCAUCGUCAUGCCCAAGCCAUUUAGGUCUGUGAUGCGCCCGAGGGGACAGUGGGUGCGCGAUGCGAUCCUGAAGGCGGGCACCACGCAUAGCCUGGAUCAUUCGGCUAUUUUGGAGGCGGCCAAGAUUGGAAAGUCAUGA